UUUUCCGACCGAGUUCCUUCGUUUCGUAUACACUCCUUGAUCUCUAUUUCACUGCGCCCGCCACCCGUUAAUUGAGACUGGAAGCGAGCUUCAGAGCUUCAGAGCUUUAUCGGCUUCACGGAACGACGAACACUGCGAUUGAGAGACAUCCGACAUCCGAGGUCUGAUACCUCCAAGACACCAUAGACAUACACAAUGGCAGCAACGGCCUCGCGAAGCUUCUCCCGCGCCCUGCGCACCGCUGCGCCCACCUUCCGCACCACCUCGACCCGCUCCUCUGCCCGCUUCGUCGCCGCACCCCACCAAGCUUUCCGCCAGCAGUGGCGCCGCGGAUACGCCUCCCAGGAGGGUGGAGACAAGUAUGAGGGCAACCCCAGGGGCAUGCUCUGGGGCGCUGGGGCGCUAGUUGCGAUUGCUGGUGGAUACGGGCUAUACACGCAGAAGCCGGAGUGGUUUGGCCAGGAGGUCAAGGCGAAGGGGGUCUUCCAGCCCAGGUUCGAGGACUACCAGAAGGUGUACGAUGCCAUUGCGAAGAAGCUGGAGGACGAGGACGAGUAUGAUGAUGGGAGCUAUGGCCCUGUGGUGCUGCGAUUGGCAUGGCAUUGUUCCGGAACCUACGACAAGGAAACCAAUACCGGAGGCUCCAACGGUGCGACUAUGCGCUUCGCACCCGAGAGCGACCACGGCGCAAACGCCGGUCUGAAGGCAGCCCGCGACUUCCUCGAGCCGAUCAAAGAGCAAUUCCCCUGGAUCAGCUACUCCGACCUGUGGAUUCUCGGCGGCGUCUGUGCCAUCCAAGAGAUGCAGGGCCCCAAGAUCCCGUACCGCCCCGGCCGCCAGGACCGCGACGUCUCCUUCUGCACGCCCGACGGCCGCCUGCCCGACGCGUCCAAGGACCGCAAGCACAUCCGCGCCAUCUUUGGCCGCAUGGGCUUUAACGAUCAGCAGAUGGUUGCGUUGUGCGGCGCGCACGCUCUCGGCCGCUGCCACACCGAUCGUUCUGGGUAUGACGGCCCCUGGACGUUCAGCCCCACGACGAUGACGAACGACUACUACAAGCUGCUGCUGGAGGAGAAGUGGGCGUGGCGCAAGUGGAACGGCCCCAAGCAGUUCCAGGACGUGAAGACGAAGAGCCUGAUGAUGCUGCCGACGGAUAUGGAGCUCGUCAAGGACAAGAGCUUCCGCCAGUACGCGGAGAAGUACGCCAAGGAUAACGAUGCCUUCUUCAAGGAUUUCUCGGAGGCGGUGCUUACCCUGUUUGAGCUGGGUGUGCCGUUUACCCAGAGCGAGGACCAGCGGUGGGUGUUUAAGAGCUCGUUCGAUGAGUAAGCUCUCUCUUAGAGAUUUCAGAGGGAAGUGGGGAAGAUGAAAUGGGGACGUGCAUUUAGGGCGUCCAAAUGGGAAGAAAGAUAUCCUACUAGACCGACUAGACUUUGUGUUUUCCGCGGAGGAGUGCUAAUAUGGCUGGAGCUUUUGGCACAUUCAACUUGGUUGCAUGUCCUUUUCCACUCCGUGUAUUUAUAUGUUCAUCAUAG